GGUACAUAAAAGGAGGCAGAAAAUGAAAGAGCUGGAAGUUCUGAACAGAGACGGUCAUGGUGGACUAAUCAGACUGAACAAGAGUGUGAUAGAGAAACUCGCUUUUAUUAUGCCUUAGCUUCCUUUCUUCAUUGAUUAAAAAGAGUAUAAUACUCUUUUAAAUCUCACAUUCCCCUCCUUAGUUACAUCAAAAUUUCCCCGCUUUCAUUCUCUUCUCCCUUUCUUCAUUCAACAACAUCUCUCUCAAUUAAAAUUCCCUGUUUUUUUUCUCUCUCUUUUUUUUUUUGUUCUCGGUAACACACAUUUAUACUCACGUGUUCUGUUCUUUUCAUCUGGGUCUGUUGUUGCUGUCUCAUUCUGUUCCUAGGACUCAGAUGUCGAUCUUUGACACAAAUGGGGUUGAGUUUUCCGGGAAAGUUUCUACCUUGAUUGUUGUUUUCUCUGUAGGGUUAAGGUAACCAUGAUGGGUAUGAUGAAAAUUUGCGUCUUUGUGUAUUUCACCCUGAUGAUCACAAUGGGUUGUUAUGGUGUCACAAACCCGAAUGAUCUCAAAAUUCUAAAUGAUUUCAGAAAAAGGAUGAAGAAUCCAGAGCUUCUCAAAUGGCCAGACAACGGAAAUGACCCUUGUGGCCCUCCUUCGUGGCCUUAUGUGUACUGUUCUGGAGGGAGAGUCACUCAGAUUCAGACCCAGAAUCUAGGUCUUGAAGGAUCAUUGCCUCCAAACUUUAACCAGCUCUCAGAGCUUACGAAUUUGGGUCUUCAACGCAACAACCUUAGUGGAACAUUGCCUACUUUCAGUGGAUUGUCCAAUUUGGAAUAUGCUUUCUUGGAUUACAAUGAGUUUGAUAAAAUCCCAUCUGAUUUCUUCAAUGGACUCAACAACAUCAAGUUCUUGUCUUUGGAGGUAAACCCUUUGAAUGCUACCACAGGGUGGUAUUUUCCUAAGGACUUGGAAAAUUCAGUGCAAUUGACCAAUCUUUCUCUGGUGAAUUGUAAUUUGGUAGGAACAUUGCCUGAUUUCCUAGGCACAUUGCCCUCUCUAAAAAAUCUGAGGCUUUCAGGCAACAGAUUGACUGGUACAAUUCCAUCUAGUUUUAAUCAGUCUUUAAUCCAGGUUUUGUGGUUGAAUGAUCAAAAAGGAGGUGGGAUGACAGGUCCUAUUGAUGUCAUUGCUUCAAUGACUUUCCUCAGACAGGUUUGGCUUCAUGGAAACCAAUUCAGUGGGACAAUUCCACAGAACAUUGGAAAUCUAACUUCCUUGCAGGAGCUCAACCUCAAUAGCAAUCAACUUGUUGGCUUGAUUCCAGAUUCCUUGGCAAAUAUGGACCUUCAGAUACUGGUAUUAAACAAUAACGGUUUCAUGGGUCCAAUACCUAAGUUCAAGGCUGCCAAAAUAUCUUAUGAUUCCAAUUUAUUUUGUCAGUCCAAGCCUGGGCUUGAAUGUGCCCCUGAAGUUACUGCACUCCUGGAUUUUCUCAAUAAUCUGAAUUACCCUUCAGGUCUUGCUUCUAAAUGGUCAGGCAAUGAUCCAUGUGGAGAAUCGUGGUUCGGAUUGAGCUGCGGUCAGAAUUCAAAGGUAUCUAUAAUCAAUUUGCCAAGACAACAGCUGAAUGGUACACUGAGUCCCUCACUGGCUAAGUUAGAUUCACUCCUUGAAAUUAGGCUUGCAGAGAAUAGUAUUACCGGCAAAGUUCCGAGUAAUUUUACUCAAUUGAAAUCUUUGAGGUUGUUGGAUUUAAGUGAUAACAAUUUUGAGCCACCACUGCCAAACUUUCAUAGUGGUGUGAAGGUUAUUAUUGAGGGUAACCUUCGUCUUGGCAAUCAACCUGUAAGUAGUCCCAGUCCCAUGCCUAUUACAAGCACACCACCUUCAAGUGCACAGCCUUCACCGCACAACCCGUCGCGGUCACUGUCCCCGCCAUCCUCCCAUAUGCAACCUUCUCAAAGGCAGAGUCCAAGCUCGAAUUCGAAUCAGUUUAGUCCUGUUCGGUCAAAACCCCAGUCAAAUGGCUUCAAAAGAUUCAAAACAGUAGCUAUAGUUGCUGGAGCUGCAAUCUUUGCAUUUGUAGCUCUUUUGGUUACUUCUCUCUUCUUAUGUUGCUUGAAGAAGGAAAAAGCCUCCAAUGUUGUGGUUCACACAAAAGAUCCAUCUUAUCCAGAAAAGAUGAUUAAAGUUGCAGUUAUGGAUAGCACCACUGAAAGCUUAUCAACAAAGACAGGGAUAAGUUUUCUGACCAACAUUAGUGGUGAAACUGAGAACUCUCAUGUAAUUGAGGAUGGAAACAUUGCCAUCUCUAUUCAAGAUCUACGCAAGGUCACCAACAACUUUGCUUCAGAAAAUGAGCUAGGCCAUGGUGGGUUUGGAACUGUUUACAAAGGUGAGCUAGAGAAUGGCAUAAAAAUAGCAGUGAAGAGAAUGGAGUGUGGAGCUGUUAGCAGUAGAGCACUGGAGGAGUUUCAUGCUGAAAUAGCUGUUCUUUCCAAGGUCCGGCACCGGCAUUUGGUAUCCCUGCUAGGCUAUUCCAUUGAAGGAAAUGAAAGACUUUUGGUUUAUGAAUAUAUGCCUAUGGGUGCUCUAAGCAGGCAUCUUUUUAAUUGGAAAACCUUGAAAUUGGAGCCAUUGUCUCUGUCACAUAGGCUUACAAUAGCGCUUGAUGUUGCUAGAGCGAUGGAAUAUCUUCAUGGUCUUGCACGCCAAACCUUCAUCCAUAGAGACCUCAAGUCUUCUAAUAUUCUACUGGGUGAUGAUUAUCGUGCAAAAGUUUCUGAUUUUGGUCUGGUGAAACUUGCCCCGGAUGGCGAGAAGUCUGUGGCAACAAAGCUUGCUGGAACAUUUGGAUACCUUGCCCCUGAAUAUGCAGUGAUGGGGAAAAUCACCACUAAAGUUGACGUUUUCAGCUACGGUGUGGUCUUGAUGGAACUUUUGACCGGACUAAUGGCUCUUGACGAGAGACGGUCAGAGGAAAGCCGAUACCUAGCGGAAUGGUUUUGGCAAAUCAAAUCGAGCAAAGAAACACUUAUGGCUGCCAUUGAUCCAGCUCUUGAAGCAAGUGGAGAGACUUUUGAGAGCAUUUCCAUUGUGGCCGAACUUGCUGGACACUGCACUUCCAGGGAUGCAAGUCACAGGCCUGAUAUGAGCCAUGCAGUUGGCGUGCUAUCCGCAUUAGUGGAGAAAUGGCGACCGGUUGAUGAAGAAUUUGAUUAUGGCUCCGGCAUUGACCUCACUCAACCACUUCCCCAGUUGCUGAAAGCUUGGAAGGAAUCAGAAGGCAAAGAAUCAAGCUAUACAAGUGCACACAGUGAAGGAAGCAUGCCAGCUAGGCCUACUGGUUUUGCAGACUCUUUUACUUCUGCUGAUGCAAGAUGAUUUGGAUUGUAGGUAACUCCAGUGCAAUUUGUGGAUCUUGUUACUUGGUCUUAACUAAUCAAAUUCACUUUAUAUUGGCCAUUUCUGUGUUGGCAGCAUAUAAUUUAUUUGUUUCCAAGUUUUAGUCUCUGGACUUUUAGAGAAUACAAGUAUGGAGAUGUAGAUAAAGAAAUAUUAUUUUUAUUCUUUUUAUGUUUGUGUGUCUAUAUACAAAUUCUAAAAUCUAUAACGAAUCUUAGCUACACGGUACGUUAAUAUUCAUCAAUAAUGCUACAUGUGUUAUUCAUGU